AUGGAAGACUGUUCUCUAUGUCCAGAACAUCAGUAUCCAAAUGAUGGCCAGAGUAAGUGCAUGCCUAAAACCAUUACCUUUCUGACUUAUGAGGAGCCUUUGGGAUUUAGUUUGGCUAUUGCUGCUUUCUCAUUUUCUUUCAUCACUGCUUUAGUACUUGGGAUCUUCAUCAAGUACCACAACACAGCCAUAGUCAAAGCCAACAACCGUGACCUCACCUACACCCUUCUCAUCUCACUCCUGCUCUCUUUCCUUUGCACUUUGCUGUUCAUUGGCCAGCCGGAGAAGGUGACAUGUUUCCUUCGACAAACAACCUUUGCUAUAAUUUUCUCAGUGGCUGUUUCUUGUGUCUUUGCCAAAACCAUUGUUGUGGUUCUGGCUUUCAUGGCCACCAAGCCUGUGUCCCCAAUGAGGAAGUUGGCUGGGAAGAAGCUGGCAUCCUCCAUCGUUCUUUCCAGUGUCCUUCUUCAAGCUUUAGUAUUUGGGAUCUUCAUCAAGUACCACAACACAGCCAUAGUCAAAGCCAACAACCGUGACCUCACCUACAUCCUUCUCAUCUCACUCCUGCUCUCUUUCCUUUGCACUUUGCUGUUCGUUGGCCAGCCGGAGAAGGUGACGUAUUUCCUUCGACAAACAACCUUUGUUAUAAUUUUCUCAGUGGCUGUUUCUUGUGUCUUUGCCAAAACCAUUGUUGUGGUUCUGGCUUUCAUGGCCACCAAGCCUGUGUCCCCAAUGAGGAAGUUGGCUGGGAAGAAGUUGGCAUCCUCCAUCGUUCUUUCCAGUGUUCUUAUUCAAGGCAUUCUUUGCAUUUUGUGGCUGGCCACCUCUCCCCCAUUCCUAGAUUUUGACAUGCACUCAAUGAAUAAGGAAAUUGUCCUGCAAUAUAUCGAUGACUGUAUUCAAUGUCCAGAAGAUCAGUAUCCGAACCCUAGAAAGGAUUCAUGUCUUCCAAAAUCCAUCACAUUCCUGACAUAUGAAGAACCUUUGGGGACCACUUUGGCCAUUUGUGCCUUUGCCUUUACUUUCCUCACCGUGCUGGUUGUGGGCCUCUUCAUUAAGCACAAUGACACUCCCCUGGUCAAAGCCAACAACCAGAAGCUCACCUACACUCUCCUUGUUUUCAUUCAGCUCUGCUUCCUUGUUGCUCUGCUAUUCAUUGGCAAACCUGACAAGUUGUCUUGCCUUCUUCGACGAAGUGCUUUUGGGCUCACAUUCUCAGUGGCUGUGUCCUGUAUUUUAGCAAAGACCAUCAUUGUGGUGCUCGCCUUCAUGGCCACCAUGCCUGGGUCCAGAGUGAGGAAAUGGGUAGGCCAGAAACUGGCAGCAUUCCUAGUUUUCUCUGGUUUCUUUAUUCAAGCCUGCAUCUGCACUGUGUGGUUGGCAACUUCUCCCCCAUUUCCAGAUUGGAAUAUGGAUGCAAUGGAAAGUCAAAUAGUCCUGGAAUGUAAUGAAGGGCUAACAACUCAGCUCUACCAGCACAUCAUGGCCUUGGAAUUUGCUGUGCAAGAGAUCAAUGAAGACACUCAGAUCCUGCCGAACAUCUCUGUGGGCUUCGAGAUCUAUAAUUACUAUUUUCGUUCAAGCUUGACAUUUCUUUCUGCCAUGCAACUUCUCUCUACAAAGAGCAGAUUAGUUCCUAAUUAUAAAUGUGAUAGCCAGGUAACUCCAGUGGCAGUGAUCGGUGGACCUAACUCUGAAGUCUUUCUGGACAUGGGAACUCUUCUGUGCCCCUACAAAAUGCCCCAAGUUAUUUAUGGCUUUUCUCCCUUCAUCAAUACAAACGUCCAAGAUGUUUUCUUUUACCAGAUGUUUCCAAGUACAUUUCAUCAGUAUGAGGGCAUUCUGCAAUUGCUCCUGCAUUUCAGAUGGACAUGGAUUGGGUUCUGUUCUACAAGUAAUGACAGUGCAGAGAGAUUGAUUCAGCAUAUAGUUCCAAUGUUCAUUAAGAGAGGUGUAUGUUUUGCCUUCAUAGAAAUAUUGCCUAAAGUUUACUUUACUUCUGAAAUAAAUGAAGACCUGACAUUGACAGCUGGAAGAGUGAAGGUGAUGCUUAUGAGUACUGCCAAUGUGAUUGUCAUAAAUGGUGAAAUUCAUUGCAUCAUAAUACUGAGAAUGUGGCCCCAGCUUUUGCCAUAUGAGGGUUUAUCAAUGAGGUCUAAAGGAAAAGUGUGGAUUAUGACAGCUGAGAUGGAUUUCACCUCCUUCUCCUUUCAAAGAAAUAUGGAUAUAGACUUCAUCCAUGGCUUUUUAUCCUUUGCAAUUCGUUCAAAGGAACCUUUAGGAUUCCAGAAAUUUCUCCAGAAGAAACAAAUUACCUCUGAGAAAGAAGGCUUUUUUAAGAUGUUCUGGGAAGGGGCAUUCAAAUGUUCCUUCCCCAGCUCCAAGGUUGAGCCAGAGGUCGAGGACAUUUGCAGUGGGACAGAAAAGCUGGAGACUCUUCCUACCUCUGUGUUUGAAAUGCACAUGACUGGUCAUAGCUACAGUGUGUACAAUGCUGUCUAUGCUGUAGCAAAUGCUUUGCAUGCCUUCGUAUCAUCCAGAUGCAAGCACAGAACAAGUGUUUAUGGAUGGAGAUGUGCUCAUAGAAAUGAAGUUUCAUGGCAGCUGCACCCCUUUCUGAGAAGCAUCACAUUUAACAACAGUGCUGGGGAAAAGGUUUCCUUUGACCAAAACAGGAAAAUCUUGGAUUCACUUGACCUUAUCAACUGGAUCACAUUCCCAAACACAUCCUUUCAGAAACGUAAAAUACGAAAGAUGGACCCCACGGCUGCUGGGGACCACGUGCUCACUAUUGAGGAAGAUGCCCUUGUAUGGCCUAGCAGAUUUAAUCAGGCUCAACCAAUUUCUCUUUGCAAUGCCAUUUGCCCUCCAGGAUUUAGCAAAAAGACAAAAGAAGGGCAACCCUUCUGCUGUUAUGAUUGUCAUCCAUGCCCAGAAGGAAAGAUCGCAAAUGAUGAGGAUAUGGAUGACUGUAUUCGAUGUCCAAAAGAUCAGUAUCCAAACCAAGAGAAGGAUUCCUGUCUUCCAAAAUUUAUUAGCUUCCUAACAUAUGAAGAACCUUUGGGGACCGCUUUGGCUGUUUGCGCUUUGACUUUUUCUUUCAUCACAGCAUUGGUUUUGGGCCUCUUCAUUAAGCACAAGGACACUCCCCUGGUCAAAGCCAACAACCAGAACCUCACCUACACUCUCCUUGUUUUCCUUCUGCUCUCCUUCCUGGUUGCUUUGCUAUUUAUUGGCAAGCCAAACAAGUUAUCUUGCCUUCUUCGACAAAGUGCUUUUGGGCUCACAUUUUCAGUGGCUGUGUCUUGUGUUUUAGCAAAGACCAUCAUUGUGGUUAUCGCCUUCAUGGCCACCAUGCCUGGAUCCAGAGUGAGGAAAUGGGUAGGCCAGAAACUGGCAGCAUUCCUAGUUUUCUCUGGUUUCUUUAUUCAAGCCUGCAUCUGCACUGUGUGGCUGGCAAUAUUUCCCCCAUUUCCAAACUUGAAUACAGAUGCAACGGAGAGGGAAAUGGUCCUGGAAUGUAAUGAAGGGUCAGUUGCCAUGUUUUCUUGUGUCCUGGGCUUUUUAGGCUUCCUGGCUCUUGUCAGCUUCACAGUGGCUUUCCUAGCCAGACGUUUACCAGACACAUUCAAUGAAGCCAAGUUCAUCACCUUCAGCAUGCUGGCAUUUUGCAGUGUCUGGCUGUCCUUUGUGCCUUCUUACAUGAGCACAAAAGGAAAAUACAUGGUGGCUGUGGAGGUCUUCUCCAUCCUGGCCUCUAACACUGGGCUCCUGGUUUGCAUCUUUUUUCCCAAAUGCUAUAUCAUUGUGGUGAGGCCGGAAUCGAACAACAGGAAGAAUCUAGGAAGAAGAACCAAGUAG